AGAAAAGAACAACAAAGAGACGGCAUUCAGAGCCGAAGAGUCGAGCUGCGGGAACAUUUUCUCCCUGUGAGACACAAACAGCCAGUAAUGUCGAAGCUGGUUUGCCUUCUUCUUCUCCUCUGUUUACUUCCAGCUGUGGUCCCCCUCUUCUGUUACACCUGUGUGUUCCCCGCCGUCUCACCUCUGGACUGUAUCAGAUUCCCCCUGAAGUGUCCACCUGGACAGGUGUGUCUGUCCAGCAGAGCUGUGGGCGAGAAAGGAGACUUCCGUGUGGUGUUGUAUGAGAAGAGCUGCAUCCUUCCCUCCUUGUGUGGGGUCACAGGUGAAAAAUACACCAUGGGACUCAACUUCACCUUCACCAAUGAAUGCUGCAACACACACCUGUGCAACGGAGCUGAGACACCUGCUGCCCCCUGCUGGACCGGCACAUUACUCACACUGCUUAUUUCAUACUGGCUUUGGUGAAUGGAGAAAUAUUAAAGCAAUGUGGAAGAGAAUUAGUUUAAUUCACAUGAAGUGAAGUUGCCUUUUUGCCCUCUAAUAGACUGAUAUUGUACUCAACUUCCUUUUAGUAACUCUGCACUAAUCUGUGUUUUGUUUUACCUUGAGUGUGAGAUA